AUGGGUGAUUCUGGAUCCAAUCAAGAGGUCAAACAUGGAUUCAAGGACGAAUUCAUUGCCCUGAGCAAGCCUGAUCCUGAAUAUGCUGCAUUGUUCGGUGAAGACUCGCCCGAGUCUGGUGGUUUCACCACUGGCCCCAUCGACGCACUUCGCGACUUUCACUUCAACUUCGAAAAGCAGAUGUACGAUAAGACUCCAACACUCGAAACGAAGGAAUCGGUCCGCAAUAUCUGCAUGCGCGAUGGAUUCGAAAGCGAGAUCCGUAUCAUCAGGCCCUCCUUUCCUCCCGACGAUGGAAGCCCUCUGAUCGUUCUGAUAUUCAGUGGCGGUUUCUUAGUCGGCACAAACAUGCAGAAUGUGCCCUUUGCGCGGGCCCUCACUUCUCUGUACAACGCGACAACCAUCAGUAUAUCCUACCGUCUUGCGCCUGAGUACGCUUUCCCCACGGCUGCCAACGAUGUCUGGGACUCGCUCCACUGGAUUGCACAACACGCAACUCUGCUCGGCGCCGAUCCCUCCAAAGGUUUUAUUAUCGGCGGUCUUUCAGCGGGAGGCAACCUGACCACUGUAACGGCCCAGCGCGCCGUGAAGGCAAAGCUGUCCCCACCAUUGACCGGUAUAUGGGUUUCGAUUCCUGUAGUCACUGCGAACUUAGAUGGUAUUCCCGAAAAGUACCGUGAGGAUUGGGUGUCAAGGGCGCAAAACAUCAACUCUCCAGUCCUGGACCCGUCCGAUGUCGAGAAUUGCCGAAUCGCAUACAAGCCUGACUUGUCGUCUGAGGACUUCUCGCCUUUCGUGCAUCAAGACAUCGUCCCUCAGAUACCCCCUGCUUAUAUUCAGGUCGCCGGUUUGGAUUGUUUGCGCGACGACGGGCUGAUCUACGAGCGGUACCUUAGAGACCACGGGGUGAAGACACGACUGGACGUUUAUCCUGGUGUUCCUCAUUGCCAUCACGUUUUCCAUCCCGAUUUGGCGCUCUCAAAGAAGUUUCGGGCGGACAUUCCAAUAGGUAUCGGUUGGUUGUUGGGGCGAGAGGUGACUGAGGGGGAGGUCACUAAGGUCGCUGGGGCGGUGUUAGGCUUGUAG